AUGGGAGUUUGUUUGAGCAGAAAUUCUCUGGAUCCCAACCAGCCCCUCAAUAAUAUAGUUCAUCAUCCUAUGGGCGCUGGAAGACAUGCCCACGUGGGAAGACCAUGGAUUCUCAAUGAACAGAGGAAUCUUUUUGUUGUUUCAAAGAAUCAAAGAGGAAGGAGGAACAGGGAUGAAAAGAAGAAAUAUAUAGCUGAUAGUAGGGAUUUGCAUGCUCUGAAAGCAGACAAGGGUAUAAGGUUCCAAACUCGUAAGCUAAAAAAGUUUUCCUAUGUAGUCUUGGAAGUUGCCACGCGCAGGUUCAGCACUAAGAACUUGAUCGGCAGGGGAGGUUUUGCUGAUGUUUAUAAGGGAUAUCUCUCGCACCACACCAUGAAUGCUGCAAAACCAAAUGAAGGAUUCACCAUAGCUGUCAAGAGAAUAAGAAGGCAUGGAGCACGAGGACACGAAGAAUGGCUGAAUGAAGUGAUACAUUUGAGCAAAAUUAGCCAUCCGAACGUGGUGAAUCUCAUAGGGUAUUGCCGUGAGGGUCAGCAUAGAAUGCUUGUGAUUGAGUACAUGGUUGAAGGAAGCUUGGAGGACCAUCUCACGAAAGAAGUCAGACGAACGCUAAACUGGAAUAGAAGAAUUAAUAUAGCACUUGGAGCAGCAAGGGGUUUAGACUAUCUUCACACCUAUGAAACACCAGUAAUUCACCGAGAUAUUAAAUCUUCCAAUAUCCUGCUAGAUGCUAAUGAUAUUGCAGAACUUCAAUACAAAGCUCUGACUUCGGACUGGCUAGAGAUGGACCUGAAGAUGACCGGUCCCAUGUAUCCACAAGAAUCCUUGGCACUAGAGGCUAUUUUGCCCCCGAGUAUGUGGCCACAGGUAACUGACACAUCCUCGAUCAUGGAAAACAAGGGUCAUGCAGAAACUUCAUCAGAUACUCAGGCUGAUGUAUAUAGCUUUGGAGUGGUUCUGCUAGAGAUAUUAUCUGGCUCUGGUGCAGUUAGGAAACAUUCAGAUGGGGUGGUGGGUAAUCUUGCCCGGUGGGCUGAACCAUUUUUAAGUAACAAAUUGGAACUUCACCGCGUUAUAGACAAGAGACUAGGACAAAAUUUUCCGAUGGAAGGUGCCUAUGAGUUGGCUCAACUAAUACUAAACUGCCUCUGCUUAAACCCCAAGCAUCGCCCAACAAUGGCUGAAGUUGUGGGUGCCUUGGAACAGAUAGAGCUAAACCUUGGAUUGCAUCACAAGAGAUUGUAUAGUAGAAGAACCAGCACUCAUUCUUAUUCUCACUGUUAA